UCAAAAUGGCGGUCAAUUUGAAGGUUUUUAAUACCAAAGCAAACAAAUACUCGAAGCUUAGCAUCCUUAACGGUUUUUAUUACCUCUCUAAUAAGUCAACUAAAACGUUUUGGACGCGGCAUUAACGAGGAAAGUCGAUAAUCUUUAAAUUAAUCUGUUAUUUUAAGCUUGCGCACACCAAAGAUCUAAACACAGUCGUUCCGCUAAGAAGACUUGUUCACUUCAAGUGUUCGCUUUUUCUUAAAAUGAGAGAUUUCCAUCGUUAAAUUUAUAAGUGACCUCUUUAUCAUGGCUGAAGGAGUUGACUCUUCAAGAGUCGAUAAAGAAAACAACAGAGGAGAUAAGAGACAAGAAGGAGAUGGAUUCGAGUCGUUUAUUCAGCAGACUGCAAACCCUGGAGGUACAAAUGCUGGAGCCCUUGCAAAACUGAAUAAUCAUGAUCAAAUGGCAAAAGAUAAAAGUGCUGUUGAAGCACAAACAACAAAGAAAGCUGUAGAAACUGAAGGAAAGGAUGGAUCUCUGAAGCCAGCUAGCGCUCGCGCUGGGACUGCGUCACAGAAAGAUUUGCGUCAACAAUUCAGACAGCUUCAAAACCAGGAACUCAUUAGAAGAAUCUUGCAGUCUACCGGAGUAAUUCCUAAUAAUUCAGCUUUAAGCUCAGCUGGUGAGAAGCAAUUUAGAACAGAAAGUACUGACGAGACAAAGGAAAAAGAUUCAUCAAGGAUACAAGUGACAGGUGACAGUAAAAGUACGAUUAACAUCAAAUCAAAGGAACAAGAAACACUACAACUUGAAAACGAAGAAGGAAGGACUCAGGAGAAAGCAGAAAUAGAUUCCCAGGGGAAUUCUAAAAAAGAGGAAAGGGGAGAGACAAAAAUGCAGUCCAAGACAUCGUUUGUUUGUACAAAGUGUGACGCUUGCAAACAAGUUCAAGAUGAAAAACUCCAAAAGACACAAAGACAAGGUGAUGUAACGAACAGAUCUGAGGAACAGAUCUCUUUUGUUUCUUUACCAAAAACUGAAAAAGACGAAGAGCACAUGAGAAUUGAGGAGGACAGUUUGGACUGCGUUUCAGUGAACCAGCAGGAUGAAGUCAAAGUACUUAACACUGGCAAGACAAAAGUUGAGGAACUCUCUGACAGAUUACAAAAGCAUCCAAAUCAGGAAACUCUUGAUGAAAUCUUAAAGCUGCUACAGAAUCAGGCACUAAUGCAUCCUGUAGAGGGAGAUAAGGAGGGUUUUGAGCCUGAGCAUGAGGUGAUAACUGAUGAAUUGCAAGAUGAAUUAGAAUGGAGACAGCAACAGCAGCAAAAGUUCCACAUGAUGGGAACAACAAGACCAAACUUACGUGAGAAGCAUUCCAGACAGCUAUCGGACAUGAAGAGUUUCUAUGAAGGCGAAAUAGGAAAGCUGCGUGACCAACUGGACAACCUGAGGGGAAACCUUACCAACCUUCAAGAAGCUAUACCAGUCAAAAUGCUAGAAGCGACCAAUCACAAACUAGAUGCAAGGUGCAAUCUCAUGGAGGAAAUCGCAAGCGAACUGAAAGCAAAAUCACAAAAGCUUGAGCAAAAUAAUGAAGAAUUGGAAAAAACAUGCUUUGACUUGAGGCAAACAAAUGAAAGUCUUGAAAUGAGGUGCCUCUUUUUACAAAAAUCUCUUCAAGAUUUUGAAGAAAAACAAAGUGAGGUGCAAAAUAAAAACAUGUUCCUGGAAUCCAAAAUUCUCCACUUAACUCAAGCUAAUGAAAUGGGCACAAAGAACUGCAAACGGCUGGAAGAUUCCAAUAAGAAUUAUGAAAAGGCUUGUAGAGAACUAGAACUAGGUAACCAACAACUUGAGGCUCGCAUUAAGAAGUGCAAAGAAGAAAACCUGAAGUUAACCUCUGAUGUGAGGGAUUUACAAGGGUCAUUACAAGCUGCUAGAAAACGUACACAAGAAUUAGAAAGUACUGCAACAUCUCUACAGAAUGAAAAGAGUGAUUGGGUCUUAAAGGUAGAUGCUGCCCAGAAGAUGGCCAAAGCUGCUCAGAAAAGAUACGAACAAGAGAGACUUGAAAAAAAUGAUCAAGAGAAUAUUGCAAAGAAACUGGAGGAGCAGAUGGGGGUCUUGACUCUUUCUUUUGAAAAUGCUGCAAAGGCCAAGGAAGAACUUGAAAGAAAUGCAGAAAGGGACAGAGAAUUACUGAAACGGCUUCUGACAGAAUAUGAUGCUCUUGCUAAAGAAAACCAACAAUUGAAGGCUUCUGUUAGUGAUGUGACCGAAAAAAUGGACAUUUCACAGGAUGAGAUCAACAGUCUCAGAGGGACUAUAACCAAACUGGUUCAACGCAAUAAUAAUCUGGAGGAAUCUCUCAAGGAUUCUCUAUCUAACAAUGUGAAAAACACAGUUGAAUCUUUUUCGCCAAGUGUCAGAAAGACCUGGGAAUCUCCUGUCCCACUGAAAGCUGACAAGUCUAAGAAUGGUAGCCACACAUCGUUAUCUAGUUUUGAGUCUAUUUUUGAGUCCAAAACCCCGACUGGGACUCCUCAAAAGGGCAAGUCAUCCAGUUCACCACAAGGCAUAAAGUUCGAAAUACCAUGGGACAAACAGACUUCAACCCCAACUAGACACACGCCCAAACACAAGCAGGACCAAAACAACUUGUCAAGCCCAGACAGGCAAUCCACAGCCACCAAUAAGUCUCCAAACAACUUAAAGAUCAAAAAGUCAGACUUGGUCACAAGGUUUGAUGUCGUUUUCGAAGACAGCACCUCAGGCGAGGAAGUAACAAGAUCUCGCACAGGGCGAACAAGUCGUGCCUUUGGGGAGUCGCCAACGUCGAUUUUUGUCUCCAACUCGUCCAAUAAUGUCACAGAUUCAUCUUCUCCAAAUAUCUUAGUAAGCAAUGCUGCUGAAGCUGCUCUUAAUGCUGUAAGAUCAGGCAAAGUUACGUCACUAGCUGACUGGGAAAACAAGAAUACUGUAUCGAAAGGCAAAGAACGAAGAGAGAAAAGCGCCGAGAAGAAAAAGGCUCGACAGAUACAGCAUGGCGAAGGAAUCACAGAUAGUAGUGAUCAAAAAAAUGUCGUUUCAAAACUAGAAAGAAAGUUUUCGUCUUUGGCUGAGGAAAAGAAAAGGCUUGAAUCUACUUUGAGCAGAAUUCCUGUCCACCGCGUUACGAAGCGUUCUUUGGAAGAUAAGGCGUUUCUGGAAAAAAGACUAGAUGAAGUUAUUCAAGACAUAGGUUCCGUGAGAAUGCAGCUGCGGCGUCACCACGCUCUUUGAAGCCAACAAAAAGAACCAAAGAUUUAUAUUGAAAACCGAUGAAUACAUAUUAGGGCUAACUGCCUAUAGUAUUUAAUGAAAGUCAGUAGAUUUAGUCCUUAUGUUAAGGCACUUUUCUAUUUAUAUUUCUACGAUGGAUGUAUUCUAUUUUUAU